AUGCGCCUUCACAACGCCUCUGCCGACGACGCAUCGCCGUGUUGCCAUGGCUACGCAGGCAUACGUGCGAGAAGGAAGAUCGGAAGAUGCUUCAACGGAGCCGCGGUACUUGAGUCAUGUAGAGCUCAGUCUGAAGGGGCCGCGGAGGUGAUUGUGUGUCGACGAGUGGACGAGCCCAGCAACCGACUGUGUAAAGAUGCCAGUCUCGCCGAUCCUCGAGAUGCGGUCGCCCUCGAGACGAAGCUUAGUCGCCACGAUUUCACACCCGCGUCAAGUGGCAGACGUCUUCAUCUACCGGCGUCCUCCGCGUCGACGACGAGCCGGCAUCUGAACCCAUCUACAAGACUUCUACUCGUGUUGCUGGUCCUUCUUCUUCUGUUUCAUGGUAAGUCGAUGCUUUUAAAAGAGUUCGUAUGA